GGCUUGGCACGCGGAGGCGUUGGAUACAGCGCGCCAUUGGCCGCCGGGCGGGCUGCGAAAGGAUAAAGCGGCGCGGGGCGGGCGCGGGGUCCGCUCUCAGCUGCAGCCGGCGGAGCGCGGCGUGCGGGGGGCGCGGGGCAUCGCCCGGCGGGCGGGGGCGGCGGCGCGGGGCUCCGCGCGCGCGGAGCAGCAGCCGAAGCAGCAGGAGAAGCCGCAGCAGGAGGAGCAGCAGCAGCAGAAGCAACAGCAGCACCGGCAGGCAGCGGAGGAGAAGGAGGAGGACGGGGCUGGGCGACCGGCUCGCCGCUCUUCCCACCGGGGACGUACACACUCGUUCAUGCACGAGCGCUUUUCUUUAUUUUUUUUUCCCGGGGAUUUUUUUCAAUUAUCAUUAUUUUUUCCUUUCCCCCCCCCCUUCUUAAUUUUUUUCUUUUUCCUGAGGGGUUUUCUUUUCGCUCAGUACCUCGCAACUGCCAAACCUCACCUGCACAAACUCCUGGCUGCCGACCCCGCCGCCACCACCACGCGUCCUGGAGCCGGGGUUCUCGGGGCUCCGGGGGCGCGCCGCCUCCGCCCUCCCCCGCGGCCGUGCGCGCUGGCCGUGCCCAACGCUGAGGGACUUUCGGCGGCGGCCGCGCUGCUCUGCUGAAACGCCGGGGGCAGGCGGAAAGCACUUGUGAACCGGACCAGCUGCUUCGGGGAGUGGGGGCAGACCCGAGGUGGUGAGGGGGGGGGGGGGGAAAAGCAGACCGACACCCACCCUCCAAAAAAAAAAAAAAGCCCAAAACACCCCAAGAAAAAAAACAUAGCAAACUUGGACGAGCGGCUCGCGGCGCUGCUUUUGCAGAAACUCUGCCUGACCGCGGGCGGCCCCGCCGCCGCCGCCUCGAGGGGGAAAGGACCGUGCCGCCGGGGACGAGGCGCCGGUGUGGAAGUACAAGUGGUGCGGGGAGCCGGUGCGCGGCCGCGGGGGGCUGCGCGGCCGGCCGCGCCGCCCCGGUGCCGCUGUGAGAAGUUGCGCGCCCUGCCCCGCGCCGGAGCGGCGCUGAGCCCCGGCGAGCCCCCCCCCCGCCGCCGCCGCGAUGGUGCAGCAGACCAACACGGCGGAGAACACGGAGGCGCUGCUGGCCGCCGAGACCUCCGACUCCGGGGCCGGCAUCGAGUUGGGCAUCGCCUCCUCCCCCACGCCCGGCUCCACCGCCUCCACGGGGGGCAAGGCGGACGACCCGAGCUGGUGCAAGACGCCCAGCGGGCACAUCAAGCGGCCCAUGAACGCCUUCAUGGUGUGGUCGCAGAUCGAGCGGCGGAAGAUCAUGGAGCAGUCCCCCGACAUGCACAACGCCGAGAUCUCCAAGCGCCUGGGCAAGCGCUGGAAGCUGCUCAAGGACAGCGACAAGAUCCCCUUCAUCCGGGAGGCGGAGCGGCUGCGCCUCAAGCACAUGGCGGACUACCCCGACUACAAGUACCGGCCCAGGAAGAAGGUGAAGUCGGGCAACAGCUCCGCCAAGCCCGGCGACAAGGCGGACAAGGGCGGCGGGGGCGGCGCCGGCGGCGGCGGCGCGGGCGGCGGCCCCGGCGGCUCCGCGGCCCCCGCCAAGCCCGCCCCGAAGAAGGGCGGCGGCGGCGGCGGCUCCAAGCCCUCCCCUGCGGGCGGUGGCGGCGGCGCGGGCGGCAAGCCCCACGGCAAGGCGGCGGCGGGCGGCAAGGCCGCCCCCUUCCCCGGGGAGCCGCCGGCCGCGCUGCUGCCGCCCGAGCACCAGGCGCUGUACAAGCCGCGGGGGGCGGCGGGUGCUCCGUCGGGGCCCGGCAAGCCGCUAGCCGAGAAAAAGCUGAAGCGGGUUUACGUCUUCGCGAGCGGGCAGGCGGCGGCGGCCUCCGCCUCCCCCGGCGGGGCCGUGCCCGGCAGCCCCACGCUGAGCAGCUCGGCGGAGGCCGGCGAUCCCUUGAGCCUGUACGAGGAGGGGGGCGGCGGGGCUGGCCGGCCUGACGGGGACUGCGGCGGCACCGGCUGCCCCUCGCCCUCCGGCUCCGGCUCGCCCUCGGAUCACCGCAGCUACACCAGCCUGCGCGCCUCCUCCCCGGCCCCCUCGACGGCGCAUUCCUCCUCCGCGUCCUCCCACUCCUCCUCCUCCUCUUCCUCCGGCUCCUCUUCGUCGGACGACGAGUUCGAGGACGACCUCUUGGACCUGAACCCCAGCCCCGGCUUUGAGAGCAUGUCCCUGGGAAGCUUCAGCUCCUCGGUGCUCGACCGGGACCUGGAUUUUAACUUCGAGCCCGGCUCGGGCUCGCACUUUGAGUUCCCGGACUACUGCACGCCGGAGGUAAGUGAGAUGAUCUCGGGGGACUGGCUGGAGUCCAGCAUUUCCAACCUGGUCUUCACUUACUGAGCCGGGAGCCGGGCGCUGCUGGAGGAGGCACAGCCGCGCGGUGCCGGCAGGACUCGCCCACCCCGCCGGGGCGCUUUUGAGGUUUUUUUUUUUAAUCAUUUUUUAAUUUUUUAAAAAUUUUUAUUUUUUAUUUUUGGCUGGGAAGGGGCUGUGGAAACUGCUUGUGCUUGGGGGAGAGAGGCGGCAGGAGCGGGACCGCCCUCCCCGCGCAGAGCGGCCGGCAGCCCCCCUCCUCCGGCUGCAGACGGACCCCCCGGGAGCCGAGCUUGACGGUGCUUUUUCAGAGACUGGCGGGAGCGAAACGCUGGUUUUCCUUUUUUUUUUUUUUUUUUUUUUUUUAUUUCCUGAAAAGAGAGACAGAGAAAAGGGGGCGGGGGGGGGGGGGGGGGUGAGGGAAACACACACACCUCUGGGUUCUUUGUUGUUGCCCACUUCAUGCGAAUAAAGAGGAGGGGGAGCGAUGCGCUGUGCUGGGCGCGCACUGGAUGUGUUGAGCAUUCGCCCUUUCGUGUGAAAGAGCGACCAGAACUGCUUGGAAAAAAAAAAAAAAGGAGAAAAAGAAACACACACACAAAAAAGAAAAAAAUUCACCAGGCCCCUUGCAAGGUUCACGUUUGGGGGGAAGAAAUCCUGUCCCGGUUUCUUCUGCGGUGCGAGGAGGCGGCGAUGUUGGGAGGAGGAGGUGGCUGAUGGAGCUGGACUGAGAUCCUGGUUAAGCGGAGAAGAGCCAGACUUACACUCGAGAGCUGUCUUGGAAAACACGAUGGGGGAAAGAUAAUAAUAAACUGAAACGGAUUUGCACGUAUAGAUGAGGUGGCGGCAGCGCUUUUCUCAGUCACCUUAUGUCAUAUGUAGAGAGAAAAAUAAGGCCGAAACUUCAAGAACACUGAAAACUUCCUUUGAAACAGAGACCGAAUGGGAACAGUUUCUGUCGUGAUGUGGUACAGGGGAAAUGGAGGGCGAUGGCUUUUGCAAAAAAACCACGAAAAUACACACAAAAAAAGUAGUUUUUUUCUUCUUACUCAGAA